AUGGAACAGUCUACGAACAUCAGCGAUAGCACAUUGGAAGGCUUAGAUCAGGCCAUCCUUAGGUUAAAAACAGAAAGGAAAGUUCGGUUUCAGAAGUUGAAGGAUAUUGUUGCAUCACUGUUUGAUCUCUGGAAUUUAAUGGACUCAACGAAGGAAGAGAGGAGUAACUUUUCGAGGAUUACUUCAAUUCUUAGAUCAUCAGAAUCAGAAAUUGUGGAGUCAGGCGCUCUUUCAAUGGAGAUUAUUCAGCAGGUAUCCUCUGAAGUGGAGAGGCUUACUAAACUGAAAGCAAGUAGGAUGAAGGAAUUGGUUAUGAAGAAGAGAUCAGAACUGGAGGAUAUAUGCUGUAAGACCCAUAUCGAACCUGAUCCAAGCACAGCUGCUGAGAAAUCUCAAGCAAUGAUAGACUCUGGUCUUGUUGAUCCUUGUGAACUUUUGGCAAACAUUGAAGCGCAGAUAAGCAAAGCAAAAGAUGAGGCCUUGAGCCGUAAAGAAAUAAUGGAUAGAAUUGAAAGAUGGCUUUCUGCUUGUGAUGAGGAAAAUUGGCUUGAAGAUUACAAUCAAGAUGAGAACCGGUAUACUGCUGGAAGAGGUGCUCACAUAAACCUAAAACGUGCAGAACGAGCUCGAAUGGCUGUCAAUAAGAUUCCAGCUAUUGUUGACAAUUUGGUGAAUAAGACACUAGCUUGGGAAAAUGAGACUAAGAAGUUGUUUCUUUAUGAUGGAGUGCGCUUGGUGUCAAUACUGGAGGAUUACAAAAUAACAAGACAACAGAGAGAAGAGCAGAAGAGGCAAUUUCGGGACCAAAAGAAACUCCACGAUAUGCUGCUUACAGAGAAGGAAGCCAUGUUUGGUUCUAAACCUAGCCCGAGAAGAAGCACUAGCUUUAGGAAGGCAAAUGGGUAUCGUGCAAAUGGAAACGGAUCUGUGACUCCAUCACCCCGCCGGAAUUCUGUUGGCUGUGCAACGCCAGAGCUUCUAACACCCCGAUCCUAUUCAGGGCGUCAAAAUGGGUAUUUCAAGGAAAUGAGAAGGUUGUCUACUGCACCACUGAACUUUGUGGCGAUAACAAAGGAAGAUGUCAUGUCAUUUUCAUCUGUUUGUGGUUCUGAGCCCGAGUCUCCUCCUCAAGCCUGA